AUGUCAAUACCAGUGAAGGCGUUGAAUUCACAGGACUGGCGACGUGAGCAAAACAUAGCAUCUGAAUUGGAGAUGCCCGAAGCGCCGCCCUAUCUGUCUAAUUCCGCCGAUGGCCCUGCUGAGUCGCUUGAGCACAUUGAUCUCGGCUCAACUCCUCAGUUAGACGUGCCUGUGGCGUCUGAGACCGCCUCAAGAAACACAUACAAAGAGCAGCUUCGAUACCAUCAGAAUCUGGGGUUCAUUGGUGAAAACAGCGGUGUCGGUGCCUCUGUUCCCAACACGUUUAAGCAUAAGAGCCAUCCAAACGCUAAGACAAAGGAACGCAUUGGUAUGGCACCCUUGCAAGAGUCUCAGCCUGAUGAGGAAACUCACAAAGCGUCGUUGCCUUCAUAUCCUGUCAAAACAAGUACGGUGAAAAGCAUCGACAUCAACUCUCAAGAUCACAGUACCAAGCAGAACGAGACUCCAUCAUGGAUGCCUCAGGUGCUUAGAGAAGAAUGGCUGAAAAGCAAGAUCUCUGUUCCUGAAGAGAACCAGGAACAGAUGCCUAAUUUGGACUUUUUGGGCGGCCAAGAGAGCAACACUUUCAUUCACAACCCUCAAAAUUCCCAAGAACACCCUGCCACGCCCAUAUGGAAGCGCAUGUCGAAGGACUACAUGCUGAACACCCGCUCGAAGCCAUUGCAGAGCAUAUUUCAGACCAGUGACGAGUCGAAAGGCAACUUACACUCCGGUCUGUCCAAGUCCAUGUCGCAUCUUAAUGUCAAGAACCCAAACACUCCCAAAAAUGGCCAUUCCGCUGGGCUCUCUUACUCUUCUGCAUUUUCAACCCCUGUUGCUACGAAAGACGGUGACAUUCACUUGACUCAGCAGCAAAUCCAUCAGCUCGAAGAUAUCCUUGAGAAGGCAAAAGAUAAGCCUGAUGACUACCCAAAUAAGGGUUCUCCUCUCAAGCUUUUUGGGAGUGACUAUGAUACAUUCACCAAGGUGUUCUUGUCCAAAUUUGUCGACAAAGUUCGCUCUACGGCAAAUAGUACUCAGAAACCCACAAGAAAUGUUUCGGUCCUGGACAAGCCGGGUCCAAAACUAGAAAUACAGAAGUUCACGAAAGCUGGCGACUAUACCGACCAAGAUUUCAUGAAUAACGCCAACCAUGUGUUUGCUAACAUUCAAAAGCGGGUCAAUCAGCCAAGGCAUUUGUUUUCGAAGAGAUCUGAUCAUAGUAUGAGCUUUCAACGUUCUAUAGAGCACAACACGGUCACCUCUACACCAAAGGCUGACAAGGUAAAUGACAUCGAUGUCAUCGCUCCAUUGGAAGAAUUUUCAUCGUUUUCAACUAAUUUUGAGGAUAGUUCCGCUGAGUCCCACGAUGAUGUUCGCCGGAAUGAUACGACCAAUGCUCAUCACAACGAGUACACCUCAUUCGAUCACUCUCAAACUCCUCGAGAUGCUCUUCCCAAUCAUGAACCCGUCGAAACUCAACAUGAUGAUGUCAGCGUCUACACCUUUGAUGAUAUCAGUGACACAGAACAGGUUCAGAACCAUAUUGCCCCGCAAUUCAAUGAACCUCUUGAGAAUAACAAGGUCAGAUCACAAGGCGAUGAUUACCCUAAGGCGCACGUGGCGGUUAACAAAUAUACUAGCUCUAUGUCGUCUGUAAAACGCCAUGUCAAGGGUGCUGAGCCAAACCAUUCGAUGGAUGACGAAGAGAAUGAGAAAGAAGAGGAAGCUCACUCUACAUUUGAUAAUACAGAUACCAUGCCACCAAUAGUUUGGAAACGACCUUCUCGCUUGAGGCUCUCUAAAAAUCAUGCAAAUAGAAGAGUCAUGCUGAACAGCAAUUUAGAAAACCAAAUCAACAAGGGAACAGUAAAGCCAGGGAAAUUUCCCGAGCAGUACGGAAACAUGGUGUUUGAUCUGAAAAAUAGCAGGUGGGUAACAAAAGGUAAGGAGAAUGAUUACCCUGGCAGUCUUGAUUCAAUUCUCGACUUACCGACCGAAUCCCAAAACCAUGUAGAGGAACAGGAAACUAAGGAAACAAGUAUUCUCAAACUGUCCAGAAAACCAUCAAUGAGGGAGAAAAAUCUUGAAGUGUCGUUUCAAAUUCCCGAUAAAUCUUUUGAAUAUGACCUUGCAGAGUCAAACCACGACGAUGUCACCAAUGUUACUGACUUGGGAGAGGUUACGUUUACGCAAACUCACAAACGUCUCGUGUCAUUGAUAACUGGACUGAUUGACACAAGUGCCUGGAAACAUGUUUCUUACAUUGAUUUAUCGUCAAAGCAGCUCGAAACUGUCGAAGGUUUGCUGGAAUAUCUUCCUAAUUUGACCAGAAUAGAUUUAUCUUCUAAUUACAUCAGGUUCAUGAAGGGUGUUCCCCGUCGGUGUCUUGAGCUAGAUUUGUCCCAGAAUUCACUCGAUGAAAUGGUGUCGUUUAGUGAACAUCGUGACCUACAGGUUCUUGAUAUACUGUCUAAUUCAUUGGAGACGUUGAAACUGCUUCAACAUAAUAUCCAUUUAUCACGUCUCAAUAUCAGUAACAACUUGUUGAGCUCCCUUCAUGGUUUAGGUAAGUUAAGCGGGCUCACUUACUUGAAUUUAUCUCAGAACGAUCUAAGCGGAGAGAUCGAUUUUUCUCAAUACCAUCUUCCAAACUUACAGGAAUUGAAUUUGUCUGAAAACAAACUUCGGUCCGUGACCAGAAUCGAUAGUUUACCUUCUCUUCGAAUCUUGAAUCUCAAUGAGAACAAAUUGACCAACUUGUCUUGCAGCACUGCGCAUCCACAUUUGAAAAAACUACUUCUCAAACUUAAUAGAUUGAGGACGCUAGACUUGGCUCAAUUUCCUCUCUUACGAGUAUUGAGGAUUGAUGGAAAUGCUUUGACCAAGAUUCCAAACUUAAAGAAUCUCAAAUUUCUACAAGAAGUGUCAGCAAAAUGCCAGGAUAGUGCAGGUAUUGCGCAAGAUAUUGUCAAAAGCAUAUCAGAUGUUGUCUCGAUGGAUAUGUCUGGCAAUGCAAUCAUAUCUAAUAUGUUCUCACAGCCAGAGCACAUACCGUCAUUGCCAUUCAUGAAUCUCAACAUCUUGAACUUAUCUGCUGUGGGAUUGACGGCAAUUCCUGAUAGUUUUGGAGACGUUUUUCCAAACGUGAGAGAGCUCAACUUAAAUUUUAACAAGCUCAUUGAUAUUAAGGGUCUCAGCAAAAUCAAUAAACUUAAGAAACUCAAUCUUGUGAGCAAUAAUAUUGAUAGAAUCGAGAUGGUGCUCACAACCUUGAGCAGCUCUCGAAAAUCAAUGAAGGUGUUGGACAUGAGACUCAACAGCAUUAACCUCAAGCUCUACCCAUAUGUGUUCAAUCCGCUAGAACUUGACGCCGCUAGUGACCAGGAGCCACCGGCGGGGCCCAUACAGCUUGAAGCAUUAGAUGACAUUGAGAAUUUCUCGAUUCACUACAACUCAUUGAUCAAAAGUAAAGAGGACUGGAAUACAAGAGACGAGGAGUUUUUGAAGAAUCUAGAGGCGGACGGCAUGGGCAGUCGGGUACGAGAAAGAUUGAAUUACGAAGCCCUUCUUGUAAAUUUCUUUCCCAAUAUGAAAGAGCUCGAUGGAGGUAUUGUUUCCACCUUUAAGCGAGCGCAAUUUUUGGAGCGCAUUCGGGAACGCGAUUUGCAUGGAAGCGUUAGCGCUUAA